AACUAAAUCUCGGCUAUUGUUCUUAUAGUAGUUAAAUUAAAAAGGACCAAAGAAGAAACUUUUAAGGUAUAAGUGUUAGUGUAAUCCUUCUUAUGAAAGCAAAUACUGAAAUUGAAGCCAACGAUGUGUAUAUUCAUAGGAAUAUGAUGCGUUCAUAAGUUGUUCACAUCUGAAAUGUGUAUAUAUCGUAUGGUACAUCCAUCCAAAUUCCCCAUACGCACAAUAAACCUCGAUUGCGGUUCGCACUGAACAAGAGAUAUUUUUUACGCAAUUGUCGAACCAGGAAGUUUUUGUAGUAUGGACAAGAAAAUGUCGUCGUCUUCGCAGCCACGUGUAUUAAAAAAAAAACAUUUUCGUGUAAAGCAUCAAAAAGUAAAACUUUUUCGUGCCAACGAACCGAUUCUGAGUGUUUUUAUGUGGGGCAUUAAUCACACGAUAAAUGAACUAAGUCAUGUUAAUAUUCCUGUGAUGCUUUUGCCAGAUGACUUUCGUGCAUUCUCAAAAAUCAAAGUUGAUAAUCAUCUUUUUAAUAAGGAAAAUAUGCCGUCACAUUUCAAAGUCAAAGAAUAUUGUCCUUUAGUAUUUCGGAACUUGCGUGAGCGAUUCAGUGUUGAUGAUGUUGAUUAUCGCGAGUCAUUAACUCGCUCACAGCCAUUACGUAUUGACUCAUCAGGUAAAUCCGGAGCGCAGUUUUACCAAAGUUAUGACAAAUUUUUUAUAAUAAAGAGCUUGACAUCGGAGGAAAUCGAACGUAUGCAUGCAUUUUUAAAGCAAUAUCACCCAUACAUCGUUGAGAAACAUGGCAAAACUCUUUUACCACAAUAUUUGGGUAUGUAUAGAAUAACGGUUGAAAGCGGUCAACAUUAUUUUGUCGUUAUGAGGAAUAUAUUUAGUUCCCAUUUAACCAUACACAAGAAAUUUGACUUAAAAGGCAGUACCGUUGAUCGUGAGGCAUCUGAAAAGGAGUUAGAAAAGUAUUUACCUACAUACAAAGAUAAUGACUUUAUAAAGCAAAAAGUCAAGAUUGAAAUCGGAGAAGCAAAAACAAAAUUGUUGGACACUUUAUCAAGUGAUGUUGAUCUCCUUACAAAGUUGCACAUAAUGGACUACUCGCUCUUAGUCGGCAUACAUGACUGUGUUCGUGCUGAAGAGGAAGCAUUGCAAGGGGAAAACUCUCAAGGGACUGCACGAAGCGAAAACAGCGAAAGCGAGGAAUGUGAUAGUGGAGAAAGAUGGACUUACAAUACACCACCUGACUCACCGCGCGGCGCACAAUAUAAGGAAGUUGUCUAUGAAGUGGAUAUCUACGCUAUUCCAAGCGUUGAAGAAAGAAGAGAAAUUUAUUUUAUUGCCAUUAUAGAUGUGCUAACACAAUAUGGUGUAAAAAAACAGGCCGCCAAAGCAGCUAAAACUGUGAAGUAUGGAAGUAAUGUAGAUGGAAUUUCUACCUGUGAUCCCGAACAAUAUGCCAAACGAUUUCUUGACUUCAUGGACAAAGCGAUCGAGUAAUUAAUUGCUUCCUUGUACGCGUAUGUAUGCUGGUGCCCAUUUUUGAAAAUUAACUGUGAACUGAAAAAAUAUAACCCUGAACAUAUGCAUACGUCGUGCGAAUUUAGACUAUA